UGUUUUGUGAUGUAGAAAGGAGAAACACGUUUUCUUCAUCAAAAUAGUAAACAUUGUAUUUUAAAACAGUUUUUGAUGGUAUACAGAACAAAGAAUAGAACAGCAUAUCGGCAAUAUGAAGAGGAGACAUGUAUCAAAUGAAGACAAUGGUCCUACAGACGAAGUAGAAGCAUUAACAGAGGUGGCUUUGACAGAGGAUGUUGUCCCAGAGAAAAAGACAAAGAAAAUUGAUAAAGGACAGUUAUAUAAACCACUAUCCAGUGAUGAACUUCAUCAGCUUAAAGAUGCUGAAAACUUAUUCCAUUCAAAUGUUUUUAAACUUCAGAUCACAGAGCUGCUGAAUGAAGUCCAGUUGAAAGGGAAAAGAAUUACAAGGAUCCAUGAAUGUAUCAAGGAUCUGAAAUCAGUACUAUUACACUUGCCGAGAGGAAAAGAACAUGAUCUAGGAGAUUGUAGGUGGCUGCCUGACAAAGUAAAACUCCCUUUAAUAGAUCAUGGUAGAACAAUAAAGGGAAAAUUUAAAUUCAUUCCUCCUAUAGAUGUGCAAGAGAUUGGCAGUUUCUCUACUGGUACCUGUCUGAGACCAAAUCCAUCAGUGGAUCUACAACUGACAAUUCCAAAGGACUUUUUUCAACCUAAAGAUUAUAUGAAUCACAGAUACAUUCAGAAACGAGCGUUAUACUUGUCUGUCAUUGCAUUGAAGUUACAGAAACAGGAAUCUGUGCAGAAUGUGAAGUUUUCCUAUCAGAACGGGAACACUCUCAAACCAAUUCUUGCUUUAGAUUAUAAAGGAGAGGGCAAAGAGGUCACAAUUCAUCUUCAUGUUUGUCCAGAAGAAGGGACAUUCAAGUAUAGCCGUUUCCAUAUCAACAAGAAUAAUGUUAGACAGUCAUGGUUUAAAGGUCAAGAAUCAGAAGAAGUUUCUUCAGAAGAACCAGCCACACCCCAUUACAACACAGCCAUCUUACAAGAUCUUACAAUGACCAGUAACAACCAAUGUAUGAAAUCAGCUCUACAAGAUGCCAGCUCAGUAAAGGAAGGGAUAAGUCUGCUCAGAAUAUGGUUACAGCAGAGAGAACUUGACGUGGGCCAUGGUGGAUUUUCUGGUUUCACAAUGUCCAUGUAUGUUAUAUAUUUAUUGUCAAGAAGGAAACUAAACAAAAUGAUGAGUAACUACCAGAUUAUGAGGAAUACCCUUUUACAGUUAGCAAAAGAAAAUUGGACAGAGGAAGGACCUGAUCUUUGUGGUGAUAAAUCGGACCCUAAUCAACCAAUGACAGAUGAUUUUCAGCAAAUUUUUAACUGUGUAUUUUUAGAUUUAACUGGUUAUGUUAAUUUGUGUUCAGAAAUGACAAAGUCAACGUUUUUAAGGGUGAAGCAUGAAGCAGAAUUAGCCGUCAAAAUUUUAGAAGACAAAACUGUUGAUAGUUUUCAUGUGUUAUUUUUGAUGCCUGUCAAAUUCACCAGGAAAUUUGAACACAUUUUUCAUGUUACCUGUAUAGAAGAGCUUAACAACACUGUGCAUAAGUUAAAUCUACAGAAUAGGCUAUUGGACUAUGGUGGAAACUAUGUACAUACAGUUAUACCAAACGUUAUGUCACUUUUACAUAGAGCUUUGAAUAAAAGGAUUGAUCUUGUUCAAAUUAAACAAUACCCACUCAAACAGUGGCAUAUUAAUGAAUCACCACCAUCUAUUGAAGACCAGAAGGUAACUGUUGGUAUUUCUCUGAAUCCAGAAUUUGCAUUUUCAUCGAUAGAUAAAGGGCCACCUGCAGACUCACUUGAGGCUAAAGAAUUUCGAGAAUUUUGGGGAGAAAAAUCUGAGUUGAGAAGAUUUAAAGAUAGCAGUAUUACAGAGGCUGUCCCAUGGACAACAGAGAAAUCUAUGGACAGAAGAAGGAUUAUUUGUUCAUAUGUUGUUAAGGAAGUAAUGAAGAGAUGGGCCAAAGUUACUAGUAUAUCAUACAUUGGAGAUCAGCUAGAUCAGGUUCUAUUGCUGCCCAUUCAGUCUUAUGAGAAGAAUUAUGUGUAUGGUACUGGUGAAGAACAACAUUCAGCUUUGAUGCAGUCGUAUGACAAUUUAUGUAAAGUGUUACGUAAUCUGAAAGAUAUGCCAUUGACGAUAAACUCUAUACAGGGAACAUCACCUGUAUUUAGGUUUACUGAGGUGUUCCCAGCAUUGCCAGCAACAUUCUUCUACCAUGCUAGAGUCAGCAGUGAUAAAAAAGACCUUAGAUUAUUACCACAGUCUGAUAAACCAUGUCCUCCUUACACAGCUGUAACUAAAGUGGUAUGUUUAUUGGAAGGUAGUGGUCACUGGCCUGAUGAUAAGAAUGCAUUCAGAAGAAUCAAAGCUGCCCUGCACAUCAAAUUUGGCGAAAUACUCGGUGACCAGCAUGAUUUACCUGUUGUUAUAAAUAUUGACCAUGUAGAUGUCAGAUUUGAGGAUUAUGUAUUCCGGUUAGAAUUACAAUACUUGAGAGAAAUAGCCUUACUGAAGAAAGUUACCUCCCCUGAUGGAAUGGUGAAGUUUGUAGACAAUGAUGAGGCACUGAGAUUGGAGCAGGACAUAAAACUACUUCCAAUUCUUACCAGUACAUUACAUGGGAUACAGCAGAAGUUUAACAGUUUUAGUGGCUCAGUAAGACUAGUCAAACGCUGGAUAUCAUCUCAGCUGUUGGCAGAUCAUGUUCCUGAUAUAGCAGUAGAACUAAUGGUGGCAUACUUAUAUACAAGUCCUGGGCCAUACACUGUGCCAUAUAACCCUCUGACUGGAUUUCUUAGAUUUUUACAUCUAGUAUCUACUUUUGACUGGAAGAUGUCUCCUUUGGUUGUCAAUCUCAAUGCAGAGCUCAAAGGUGAAGAUUUUUCAGAAAUCACAUCAAAUUUUACUAAGUCUAGAUCUAGUCAUCCAGUAAUGUUCAUUUCCACACCACAAGAUAGAUUUCAAUCUGUGUGGACCAAAAAACAUCCUACACCUAUGAUUUUACAAAGAGUUGUCAUCCUAGCUACUGAAUGUCUUCAGAUAAUAGAAACACAGAUUGGAGAAAUUGGACCUUCAGUUCCAGAUUUUAAGCAAAUAUUUCGCCCAGCUGUUGAUGAUUUUGAUGUUUUGAUCCACCUUCGAGGAAAACAACUUGCCUGUGACAGAAUGAUGAUUGACAGACAGAAGAAGUUAUUUAACCCUCCAUUGGGAGAUAGCCUUGACAGGAAAUAUAAGAAAAACCUGCCAGUGUAUGAUUACGAUCCGGUGCAGAAAUAUCUACAAGAAAUCAGGGAGAAGUACGGCAACUUAGCCCUGUUUUUCUAUGAUAGAUAUGGAGGCCAAGUAAUAGGUGUACUCUUCAAUCCAAAUGCAUUUCAGCCAAAAGAAUUUUCAGUAAAUCACAUGUUCUGCAGGAAACCAGAGACAACACAGAAUGGUCACACAGAAGUGAUAAUGAAACCAAAUAUUGCAGCAAUUAGAGAGGAUUUUGCUAUUAUUGGUGAAGGACUUGUUUCUAGUGUUCAAAUGUUGAAAUCUGAUUUGAAAUAAGUAAUAAAAUGUGCAAGAAAUUUGCACAAGCAA